AAAUGAAGUUCAUAUGUAAGACAUCCCUCCAUUGAGUUUUCUUGCGGAUUAAAGAGAAGAGAAGCUUCCACAUAACCCCACCUUCACAAGUCUCUUGUCCUCUGCUCACCGCCUUCCAUAUUUAAAUAAAUCCCUUCAAGAAUCAUUCAUCUGUUUUUCGAAAGUGAAAGUUUAAGACUUUGGUAGAUUUAUCACUUCAAUGGAAUCCUACGGUGGAUCCUACUCCUCCCAACCCUAUGCUCCCUCCGCACCCUCUUUGCCGGACUCCUACGCCCAGCCCUCUAACCAUUCCUACAACACCAACACUUUGCCGGGCUCCUACGCCCAGCCCUCUAACCAUUCCUACAACACCACCACUUCGCCGCCGCCACCUCCAAGCUACUAUGGCCAACCGCCGCCUCAGCCGCCGUACCACCACCAAGCACAGGGUUAUGGCUACCCACAGCCACCGGCGCCGAGUUAUGGGCAUAAUUCAUUUCCUCCGGGGACAAACCCGGAUGUUAUAAGGAGUUUUGAGAUGGUUGAUAGAGAUCGGAGUGGUUUUAUUGACGAUAAAGAGUUGCAGCAAGCUCUAUCUUCUGCGCACCAGAGGUUUUCUCUCAGAACUAUAAAGCUGCUCAUCUUUCUUUUCAAGGAUCCGCAUGAUUCUUCUUUGCGAAUCGGGCCCAAGGAAUUUGCUGCAUUGUGGAGUUGCCUUGGUGAAUGGCGAGGCAUAUUUCAGAGAUAUGAUAGAGAUAGAAGUGGGAAAAUUGAUUUGAUGGAAUUGAGGGAUGCUCUCUACAGUACUGGAUAUGCAGUCCCACCUUCAGUCCUCCAACUUUUGAUGUCCAAGUAUGAGAGUGGAAAUGGCAGGAAAAAUGAACUCAGUUUUGACAGUUUUGUUGAAUGUGGGAUGAUUGUGAAGGGUUUGACUGAAAAAUUCAAGGAGAAGGAUUCACGUUACACUGGUUCAGCAACACUUACUUAUGACUCAUUCAUGUCUAUGGUCAUUCCCUUCAUUGUGCAAUAUGAUUGACUUAAUUGGUAGUAUAUGUUUUAUAACCUUGAGUUCUUUCAUUCAGUUGUAUAAUUUAAAGGAGAAUUUGUAUAUUGAUGAGUGGCAAGUGUGAAUGAAAUUUUAAUGCAAGAUUGAGUUAGGUUUCUCUUCUAUGGAAAGCAAGCGUGACUGUGAUUUCUUUGAUUCAUGCUCCUUUUAGAGAGAAACUAUAGAUGAAAAAACCAAAUAGCGAUUAGAAAUUUUGUGCUGCUUAGACCAAACCAUCAAUUGAUCCUGUUUUCCGUGUGUAAAUUUGAAACAAAAAUAUAUUUCUAGUGUUUCAAGUGAUGUGUUUUUGAAGUUGGAAGAAAUAUUGGUAUUGA